UAUCUCCUCAAUUUUUAUUUGAUGUUUACCAAAUACCAUUGCUAAACGCUAUCAAUAAACCGUGUAAAACAAGCCCCUGAAGUUUUAUCUGCUUCACCGACACAGAAAUCCUGACUAGUCUGAGACUCGGCCGUUGCCAGGCAACCAACAAACACCAGAGGCCUUUUCCUUGACAGAGCAAAGACAGGAUGACAGAGGAUUCACUGACUCACACACAAUGGCCAUUUUUUGCUCUGUUUUAAUAGAGCUACAGUAUGUGCUAAACUCAUAGAGCAACUGUUGCUUUCAGCCAUGAGCUCAAAUACACUUUCUGCUGUGUUAGAGAGGCAGAUUCAACGCUUGUGUCUGAACGAUUUUCCCUGUGGAAAUGGCCAGUGGAGGCAGAUGGAGUCGACUGAUGUGCUCCUGGACCUGCUGAACUGCCCACAGUCUCCAUGGUGGAAAGACGAAUCAUGGAGCGCUCAGACAUCGUCCCUAAGACAGCUGGCUGUGCUCACACCUGAACGGCUCAACCCAGACUUCAUUCACAGUUACUUUACUUCUCUUCGUAUUGUGGACAAGGAUGUGUCAUCUAUUGACGACGGGCUGUUGAAGUUCUCAAAGUUGAAGGAACUCGUGCUGAGUGGCAACGUCAUCUCGGAAAUCCACACAGAGCACCUCCCCAAGACGCUAAAGAAUUUGGAUCUACGUGCGAACCGGCUUUCUUCUCUAAACACUCUCACCAACCGUCCGCCCCAUGACCUACAGUACCUCGCCCUCAGUUCUAACAGCCUGGGCUCCCACCAAGACAUUUCUCAUCUGACAGGAAAACACUGGCCACAGCUGGUGUCCCUGGACCUCGGUGACUGUGAGUUUCACGACCAGAAGACCCUGCUGAAGGCCUUGAGCUCCCUCCCCUGCCUUAAAACGUUGGUGCUAGAGGGAAACCCUUUCACGCUUUCGCCCUCCUAUCCGGGCUUCACCGUGGACAGCCUCCCACAACUCAUUUGCCUGGAUGCCUCAUGGGUUUCCACUGAGAAAAGAAAAAGUUUCAGGGGGAUGGCGAAAAUGAAAGGACUGAUUGUAGAUAUGGCAACAGCCACAGUGAGUGUGGGCAGGAUCAGGGGAAUCCCAGACCCGAUGACGAUGGAUGAAAAUGCCUAUUUUGUCAUAUACGAGUUCCCCAGUCAUCAAAAACCUGUUAACCUGGUACUCGACAGUGAGUCUGAAUCUGAUGCAGCGCCUGCAGCACACGUGGCCGAACACAGCUCAAGUGAUGCCGACCUACAGUCGAGCGAGGCCCGUGAGAGCGAGGCGACAAAACCCAAAGCUGAAGUAUCAACUGCAGUUGAUACUGAGGAACCAUUUCGUGAUGUUGCGCGAGUGUCCAAACACAGCACGGCAAAAGUGACGUGGUCGGAGUGCAUGGACAUCAGUGACACACAGACUCACACUGUCAGUUCCCUGGGAUGCUUCAAGAAAUUCCUCAACCAAGGACUUUGUCUUUGGCUGGAGGAGGAACAGGUCGUCCCGGGGGCUGCAGCCUCUGAAGACGUGUCGGGGGCCAAACCCGGCCGGACUGUGAAAGAGAAGAAAGGCGGGAAGAAGAGUGAAGCUGCAGCCAAAUCUGGUACCACCAAAGACAAGACUAAGGACAAAAAGACUAAAUCUGCACCAACGCCGGUCCAAGACGCUCCCAUCAGAAGAAUCCUCGGCUCCAUACACGUCCCCCUGCAGAGUCUGGUCAGAGGAGGCCGGAGGGUCGACAUCGUCUGCGACUUUGGUGUCCUGCACACAGACUCUGAGGAUCUUGGAAAGAAAAUCAAGGAGGACAAAAAGGAGGAGUCAAAAGAGACAAGAGGCAGCAGUCGAGGACAGAAGAACACAGCACCUUCAAAAGGCAAAGGAAAGGGAAAGAAGGAGCCCGAGGUUGAUGCCCACGCAGACAAGUCGCCGUCUGUCCACCUGGAACCAGUGACUGUGGAGUUGAGCGUGGAGCUGGAGAAAUGGCAGUCUGCGUCCGAAGCUCACGAGCUGCAGCUACCGCACCGAACCCCUUAAAGCAAACCCAAGCCCGGGUCUGGUUAACAUCCAGACUGAACCAGUGACACAACACACGCAAUAAACAAUGAAGCAUGACACUGGCCUGCAUUUUCUCUCCACCUGCUGGCUAUGGACUUGACUACAGUUUGACCUCGUUUUCAGUUAUUGCCUCUUUAAGUGGGGAUCAUUAUCAAGCUGGAACGUUUGCACCAUAUUAGCAUAUGAACUUCACUUCACAUAUGAUGCAAAUACAAAUUUUUAAAAAAAAAGGGGACAUGUGAAGUCUGGCUACGAGGGCGUUGUUAGCAUUGUUAAGUAAAACCCAAUCAGCCAGAACAUUAAAACCACUGACACGUUGUUCUCCUGUUACAACGCAAUAGCGAUUGCGCGAUACUCACAGUAUUCUGUGCACAUUACAGUGUGGUUAUAGUGCAGUACAAAUUCAGAGAGGCUUAAAAUGAUUCGAAGCGAUUUGUGCGCGAGUUGAAAAUGUUAAUGUCAAACGUGAUGAAUGGACAAAUGUUGCAGUACCACAAAUGCUACAAACUCAACUGUUGCAGGCUCAAUCUUUAGAUAAAAGCCAAACAGCAGUAAAGGACGAGCAAAUAUCUCAUACACACGUCCUUGAAUAUGUAAACAGUAUUUAAAGGCAUAGAAACUAUGAAAGUAAUUACCUCAGAAUGACACAUAAAACCUAAAGGAGGCUGAGGAAGUACUGGAGAACCUCAUUGUUCAUGUUGAUGAAGAUGCCAUAUUCUGCAUAUUGUAGUCAUUGUAUUCAAAGCAGGACAAACACAGACUGUUGUGAGAACAUCAGCAACACAACUCAAUUUUACUUAAUCCAUAAAUUUAAUUUAUUUUUUAUACAGAUAAUCAAAACAUGUUUGAAGAAAGGCGUCUUUAAUGGUUCCAAAGAGAAAUUACCUUUAAAUUGCUAAGAAACUUUCUGGAAAGGCCAUUUGACUGGAACUGAGGGUAAACAGUCAGUGUGAAGUGCUUUAACUGCUUCUGUCUUACCCCAUCGUCCAGCUGUCCCUUCAUGUAGACCAUAAAAAAGUUCCUAUUAAAGCCAAACAACACCAGGUUUCAUUGCUCCACUCCAGACGAGACACAAUUACACACAUACUAUCAAACCUUUAAAGAGUACUUAGUAUUUCCAGGCAUAAAAAAAUAAACUAUAGCUCACCAAUUUUUGCGCAAACUGAUAUUUUUUUUUUUUUGUAAUUUACAGUUGCAAAUAAACACCUUUUUUGUUUGUUUUUUUAAAUCACACUAUAUAAUCUUUGUAACCCCUUGACAAGCUGUGCAAACAUCGUUGGGAUAUUGAUAAAUUAAAGGAUCCGAAGAAGAUCACCGAUACAUCCACCUAUAGUACCCUCUCACUCUCACAAACCCCAUUAACAUUUUUCCAGCAAACUCGUUCACAAUUACAAAUAAAAUCAGUUUUCUCCUGUAUGGA